AUGGAAUGUUGGUAUUGGAGGAAGACUGUUGAAGUCAAGAAUGCUAUUAAGGAAAAAAUGGAGAUGGAGGAGUUUAGGAACAUGAAAGUUAAUAUUUCUGGUUUCUGUGGGAAGUUAUGGCCGAAUCCAUCACAAAAAGUUUGGCAUGCCUUCACUUGGAACAGGUAUAGCUUUCCUAAACACAAAUUUAUCACUUGGUUAGCUUGUCAAGAUAAUUUGUUAACAAAGGAUAGAUUGAUUCGGUUUGGCAUUACUACUGAAAGUAAUUGCCUCCUUUGUGAGCAGGCUGCUGAAUCUCAUCAGCAUAUUUUCUUUGAUUGUUUCUAUAGCAAAGAAAUUGUUACAAGUAUCCUUUCUUGGGUGGAGAUGAAGGUGACUCAAAGAACCUUAGAAGCUUGUUUGAAGAGCAUUAAGAGAAGGAAAUUGUCAAAAUUCAAGAGAGAAUUCCUUGUGGCUGUUCUGAACGCUGUUGUUUAUUGCAUUUGGGAAGCAAGGAAUGUUAGUUUGUGGGAGCAAAAAGUCUAUACUGUAAAUAAUAUAGUCAAAAAGAUUAAAUAUGAUGUUUGUAAUAGGUUUUCUCAUUUUAAAAGAGAGAGAACAAGUAAAGUAGAUAGAGAUUGGUAUGAGGCUUUGAGCUCUAGUUAUGGAGCUUUUUGA